AUGGCCUUAGAUGGGAUAUACGGUGACAUUGGGCCCAGGGUUUUAAAACGGGCCACCCUCUUGUCCCUCACUGUCUCUGUGCGUUCCCUUGAUAAGCGUCAGCGUUGGUCCAUUUUGAUUUUGUCCUGUUUCACUCUGAAGGUCCUGAAGUACGAUGGACACUUCCAGAGUGAGCGCUCCUCCCUGUGGCUUCGCGGACUGACUGAAGUCCACAAGACGAUGGAAAAAGAGGAGGACAGAACACAGUCUGCAGGAUCCAGCUGUGCGCAGCACAGUGACCUGUCCAGAGAAGAACCUCCAUACUUCAGUAAAGACCCUGGACCCUCAGACAAAAAAGAGAGGAAGAGGAGCGCUGUCUGUGUGGAGGAGCGGCCGUCCUGCUGUGCGUUGUGUCAGGACGUCCUGAAGGAUCCGGUCUCUACCAGCUGUGGACACAGGUUCUGCAGACAGUGCAUCUCCUCAUACUGGGACCAGUCUGCUUCAUCAGGAGACUCCUCCUGUCCCCAGUGUGGACAAAGAUCCAGAACCAGAGCUGGACUGCAGACAGCCAGUCAGAGCAGCUGUGGACAAACAGAUGCUGGUCUGCAGGAGGUUUUAGAGGAACAUAAGAUCAGUCUGAGGAGGAGAUGUGAACGUGUGACUGAAGGAAGUGAUCAAACAGGAAGUGGAACCCUCCUGAACAAGAUCUACACUGAGCUCUACAUCACAGAGGGACAGAGUGAAGAGGGUCAUACCCAACAUGAGGUGAGGCAGCUGGAGACAGCUUCCAAGAUGGACGCCCUCCAUGACAGUCCAAUCAGGUGCCACGACAUCUUUAAAGCCUUCCCUGACCAACAGAGACCCAUCAGAGUGGUUCUGACCAACGGCGUUGCUGGCGUUGGAAAAACCUUCUCAGUGCAGAAGUUCAGUCUGGACUGGGCAGAGGGCUUGGAGAACCAACAUGUCAGUGUGGUGAUGCUGCUUUCAUUCAGGGAGCUGAACCUGAUCAGAGAUCAGCAGUACAGUCUUCUGGAGCUGCUCCAUGUUUUCCAUCCAACAUUACAGAAGGUCCCAGCAGAGAAGCUCGCUGUCUGGAAGCUUCUGUUCAUCUUUGACGGCCUGGAUGAAAGCAGACUUUCAUUGGAUUUCACCAACAGGAAGCUCGUGUCUGAUGUCACACAGAAGUCAUCAGUCAGCGAGCUGCUGACAAACCUCAUCGAGGGGAAGCUGCUUCCCUCGGCUCUCGUCUGGAUAACUUCCCGACCUGCAGCAGCCAAUCAGAUCCCUCCUAGAUGUGUUGACAGGCUGACAGAAGUACGAGGCUUCACUGAUGCCCAGAAGGAGGAGUACUUCAGGAGGAGAUUCAGUGAUGAAGAGCUGUCCAACAGAAUCAUCUCCCACAUGAAGACAUCCAGGAGCCUCCACAUCAUGUGCAGAAUCCCAGUCUUCUGCUGGAUCACUGCUACAGUUCUGGAGCACAUGUUGACCACAGAGCAGAGAGGAGAGCUGCCCAAGACCCUGACUGACAUGUACUCACACUUCCUGCUGGUUCAGACAAAGAGGAAGAAGAACAAGUAUCAUGAGGGACAUGAGACGAGUCCACAGGAGCUGACGGAGGCUGACAGAGAAGUUCUUCUGAAGCUGGGGAGGCUGGCGUUUGAACAUCUGGAGAAAGGAAACAUCAUGUUCUACCAAGAAGACCUGGAGCAGUGUGGUCUGGAUGUGACAGAGGCCUCGGUGUACUCAGGAGUUUGUACAGAGAUCUUCAAAAGAGAGUGUGUGAUCUUCCAGAAACCAGUCUACAGCUUUGUUCAUCUGAGCAUUCAGGAGUUUCUGGCUGCAGUCUACAUGUUCCACUGUUACACCAACAGGAAGACAAAGGUGAUAGAGGACUUUCUGGGGAAAGAAUAUGAUCAGCCAUCUCUGGAUGAUUUCCUGAAGAGAGUCAUGGAGAAAUCCCUCCAGAGUAAAAACGGUCACCUGGACCUGUUUGUUCGCUUCCUUCAUGGCCUCUCUCUGGAGUACAACCAGAGACUCUUAGGAGGUCUGCUGGGUCAGACAGAGAACAGUCCAGAAACCAUCCAGAGAGUCAUCAACAACCUGAAGGAGAUAAACAGUGAUGAUAUUUCUCCUGACAGAAGCAUCAACAUCUUCCACUGUCUGAUAGAGAUGAACGACCUCUCAGUAAAUCAGGAGAUCCAAGCAUUUUUGAAGUCAGAGAACAGAUCAGAGAAGAAACUCUCUGUGAUCCACUGUUCAGCUCUGGCCUACAUGCUGCAGAUGUCAGAGGAGGUUCUGGAUGAGUUGAACCUAAGCAACUAUAAAGCAUCAUUGGAUGGACGACUGAGACUGUUUCCAGUUGUGAGGAACUGCAGAAAGGCUCGACUGACUCAGUGUGUACUCUCAGAGACUCACUGUGAAAUUGUGGCCUCAGCUCUGAAGUCCAACCCCUCCCAUCUGACACAGCUGGACAUGAGUCACAACAACCUGCAGGAAUCAGGCGUGAUGCUUCUGUGUGCUGGACUGGAGAGUCCAAACUGUCGACUGGAGACUCUGAGAUUAAAAGACUGCUGGUUAUCAGAGACCAGCUGUACGUCUCUGCUCUCAGCUCUGUUUUCCAAUCCACCCCACCUGAAAGAACUCGACCUGAGUAAAAACGAGCUUCAGGAUUCACAUGUAGAGCAGCUGUGUUGUUUUCUGAAGACUCCACACUGCAAACUGGAGACUCUGAGAUUGGGGAGAUGCAGUUUGUCAGAGAUCGGCUGUGCUUCUCUAGUGUCAGCUUUGAAGUCCAUCUCCUCCCAUCUGAGAGAGCUGGACCUGAGUGACAAUAGGAACCUGCAGGAUUCAGGAGUGAAGCAGCUCUGUGGUUUUCUGGAGAGUCCACUCUGUGAACUGGAGACUCUGAGACUGGAAAGCUGCCGCUUGUCAGAGAUCAGCUGUGAUUAUCUGGCAGCAGCUCUGAUGUCCAACCCCUCCCAUCUGAGAGAGCUGGACCUGAGUGACAAUGGGAACCUGCAGGAUUCAGGAGUGAAGCAGCUGUGUGGUUUUCUGGAGAGUCCACAGUGCAGACUGAAGACUCUGAGAUUAAAAUACUGCUUCUUGUCAGAGAUCAGCUGUUCUCAUCUGGGCUCAGCUCUGAAGUCGAACCCCUCCCAUCUGAGAGAGCUUGAUGUGAGCCACAACAACACGGUGCAGGAUUCAGGAGUGAAGCAGCUGUGUGACUUUCUGGAGAGUCCACAGUGCAACCUGGAGACUCUGAGUUUGGAGCGCUGUGGUUUGUCAGCGAUCAGCUGUGGUUAUCUGGCCUCAGCUCUGAAGUCCAACCCCUCCCAUCUGACAAAGCUGGACCUGAGUGACAAUAAGAACCUGCAGGAUUCAGGAGUGAAGCAGCUGUGUGCUUUUCUAGAGAGUCCACAAUGCAGACUGGAGACUCUGAGACUGGAGGACUGCAGCUUGUCAGAAAUCAGUUGUGAAUCACUGGUCUUAGCUCAGAAGUCCGACCCCUCCUAUCUGAAAGAGCUGGACCUGAGCUCCAACAAGCUGCAGGAUUCAGGAGUGAAGCAGCUGUGUGCUUUUCUGCGGAGUUCACUCUGUAAACUGGAGACUCUGAGACUGGAGUACUGUGGUCUGUCAGAGAUCAGCUGUGAUUAUCUGACUGCAGCUCUGAAGUUCAACCCCUCCCAUCUGACAGAGCUGCGCCUGAGUGGGAACAAACUGCAGGAGUCCGAUCUGAAGCAGCUCUCUGAUCUUGUGGAGAAUCAAGACUGGAAACUGACGACUUUGGGGAUUGACAGGAUGAUUAAACCUUCUGCUGAAAAAACAUGUGACUCUGGGGUCAAACUGGAUCCAAGCUGUGAUUUGUCUGAGGAGCCAACUAAGCCUCCAUCAAGCUUCACACCUGAAAUGCAAACUGAAUCUGCACAAACGUCCUACAGGUGUCCCACUCCAGGUGUGUUCCAGUGUACUUUCACUAGACUGGUGUUUGUCAUGGCUCAGGAGGCGGAGCUGCUGUACAGGACUGUCCAAUGGGAUGAGAGCCUUCUUCAACCGGCUGCAAAAACAGCAGCAGGGCCGCUGUUUGACAUCACCUGCUCUGAGGAUGCAGUCCGUCAGCUCCACCUCCCACACUGUGAAACAAAGCAGGCGCUGUGUGUCGAUGGCCUGCUGUCUGCUGCCCACAUCUCUGAUGAAGGAAUGAGCAUCCUGGAGCCGCUGGAGAUCACUGACACUCACGUGGUCGUGAAGGUCCCUCACCUCUCUGCCUUCGGCCUCAUCUGGGAUGUCUUCAAACGCUUUCUGAACAUGGCGAGGCCGAUAAAUGGCCAAGUUCUGCUGUUCUUCCGACCCUCAAAAAUCAACGUGUUUCUGCUGCAGGAAAAUAUCCCCGUGCAAGAGGUUAAAGUCCAGCAAACACCUGCUGAGUACAUCGAGAGCUCUUCCGACUGUCUGCUUAACAUCAAUCACAGUUACAGUGUUCACUGUGAACCCGCGGCCAAGACAAUCCAGCCGGAGGUGAGCUGA